AUGCCGCGUGGCACGUGUGACCCGCCGCCGCGCGACGGUCGAGUGGCUCAAGCUCCUGCGAAGCUCCGGGACCUGAAGCGGCCCUGGAUGAUGCUGGAGCUAAGGGAUCGUGUGGCUUGGAGCAGAGGCUAUGUGCACCUCAUGCAGGACUCGCAACCGCCGAGCCCCCGUGAGACCCACCAGGUGCACCGGCCUUCCUGCGGACGCUUUCAGGGCUUCGUCACCAUCUUGGUGGCCCUGCUGCUCUUAGGUAUCGGUAGGAUACCUCACGGCCGACACCUUCGGGGCUCCCAAGGCGCCGCCCAGUGGAGGCGCUGGGUCGAAUCCGCGUACCUGCAAGGACAGGUCGCCGGUGAGCUGCCGAAGAAUUGGACCACGAAGUCUGUGGAUGGUGUGCCCGUCUUCCAGAAUUCGACCCAGGCCCCCACUCGGGCGUGGCUGGUGAAGGUGUGGACCCACGAGGAGCUCUCCUGGCAGCAACAUGUCAAUCCCAAGGAUGAUUACCACCGGCUGGAAUCGGUUCUCCAUGUGGCGCGCAAUCUCAGCUUAGAGGUGCUUUUCCAUGGACACCGUGGGGGUCUUCCCAUGUUGGCCGCACGCGCCAGUAGCCAGCAACUCCAGGCGUUGCUGAACAGGACCAAGGACUUGGUUCAGUUUGUAGAGGAAGACACGGCUCUUCAAGCCACGGGGAAGUCCCGAGGGGCAGCGGAGGAGACCAAUGUCGACUUCACGAGUCCAGGGUCGAGGCACCGCGCCUCCCUGCAAGAUGGCCCACCCUCUUGGGGCCUGGACCGUAUCGACCAACGGGGCCCUGUCGUGAGCGGAGACAAUUCGUCGUAUCGCUAUCGCCCCAAAGCCGGCGAGACGGUGCACGUCUAUGUGCUAGACACUGGCAUCAGGACGAGCCACAAGGACUUUGGUGGGCGAGCGGUUCGGGAACUUGAGGUGACGGAGAAAGGCUUGCACAUGUGCGAGGACAAUGACGACGAGGAUUGUGCCAUGGACUUUCAGGGCCAUGGAACGAGCAUCGCUGGGAUCCUCGGAGGGCAUAGGUAUGGUGUGGCGAAAUCGGCUACAAUCCAUGCCUUGAAAGUCUUGGACGACCAUGGCAGAGGUCAUAGCUGGCAGAUGAUGGCAGCCUUCGAUUGGCUGCUGGUGCAUGCCGAGCAGCCGGCCAUUGCCGUGCUGGGCUCCGCCACCCAGGGCCAGUUGAGCGCCUGGCGCGCGGCGGCCGACGCGGCCAGCCGUGCCGGGAUCACCGUGGUGGCGGCCGCGGGCGACGAGGGCGACACGGCCCACCCCGACGCUUGCGAAUACACACCCGGCUACAUCCCUUCAGUGCUGACGGUGGGCGCCACCACCAGGCAUGACACUCGAGCCAACACCAGCAAUUUCGGCCAGUGUAUCAACUUGAUGGCACCGGGCGAGGACCUCACCAGCGCGGGCAUCGGCUCCGACACGGCGGAGCUCCGCCGCUCCGCCGGGAGCGCGCUGGCCGCGGCGCACGUGGCCGGCGCCGCGGCGCUGGUGCUGUCGGAGAAGCCUCACUUGCAGUCGCACGAGGUCAUCCAACGGCUCAUCGACAGCAGCACCGUGGGACGUUUGUCGCACCUGCACGCUGCACCCGACAGGUUAGUGAAUUCCUUGGGCGAGGAGGUCUCCGUGCCGAGCUGGGCUGAAGAGGGGAUGUGGAGUCUGGUGGACGGUGGCAAAGAUCGUGCGUGUGGCGGCCUCGACGGAGAGGAGGGCGAAGACUUCGUCGCCUUCCGCGAGGUGCACGACUUGGAAAGCUGUAAGGUCAGGUGCGAACACUCGGAGAGCACCACCGGCUGUGCCGGGAUCAGUUAUAGCCGUGAAGAGGAGAUCUGCCAGAUCCAUGUGGACUUGGUCCGCUCGAGCAAGCAGAUGACUGGAUACAUCUGCUUACGCCAUGAGGCGCCCACCACGACGCGGAGCUCGAUGACGACGAGCAGCUUGACGAGCUCCACGAGGAGUCGCACGUCGAUGACCUACACCAGUCGUACAUCGACCUCCAUGACCACCACGACGAUGACCCAGAGCACCCGCACCGUCACUUCUCUGCGGGGCUCCUGGAAACAAGCCGAGGAUCUGAACUGCUACUGGGGCGCAGGAGCUGCGACUGCGGAAGGCAAGGACUUCGUGGGGCUUUUGCCCCUGGAAGAAUGCCUGAAGGAGUGCAGCAAGGUGGACUCCUGUGAAGCCUCACUUUACCAAGACUUUGGUCGUGUGGGCAAUUGCUGGUUGAGGUCCAAGGUGGACUUGCCCAAGUGCGUGAAAGUGCCGGGCUACAGUCUCUGGUUCUCUCCUAGCAAGCUCAAGUAGAUCCGCAUGAGGUCCUUGGGCGAAACCCGCACGACCCCUUUUCAGGCGUAAUCGGCGGAGGCUGCCAGGCCGCUGAGGCCUUCUCUGCCUGGAAUUCGUCAUAGGACCAGAUCCAGAUCGCUUUGGAUGCUCCCAAAACAACUCUCGUC